AAUUUGGGGAAAGUUAGAGAAAGAGAGAAAUUUGAAAUCAAAUCCUCAUCUUUCCCAGACAAGUGAAGCAGCUAUUAUGCUCUACUAGAGCAGAAAAAUGAACUGUUUCUCAGGCCCAGUUCACCGAUUCUUGUGAUCUCCUCCCACCAUGUUUGUACCUGGUGAAUCAUUCAAGAAUCUCUGAGAUCACCGAGCCCAUUCUUUUCUUCUUCUUUUGGGAUUCAAAAACAGAAAAUUUUGCUUUUUGAAAUGGAAGCUUCGGUCAAGAGGAGCGAAAAUGCUCCAAAAAUUAGUGGGUCUUUUGGCUCUAAUGGAGUUGGAACUGAGUCGUCGCUCACCGAGUCCAGUGCUGCGUCUGGGGAGAGCAGCUCGAGCCGGUCGAGUUCCGACACUUCCGGCGACGACGUGAAGGCCGGCGAGUGUUCUUCUCCGCCCCAACUCGGCUGGCCCAUCCGCAAGGCUCAGCUUUGCAAAAGCUCCAAUUCCAAGGUUCGUGAAGUUGAACAGAAGCCCAAUUCCAGUGAUUCAAAGCUGAGCAAAACGGCCCCCAAAGUUUCCGAGAUGGAGAUGAUGAAGGAGAGGUUUUCAAAGCUGUUGCUGGGGGAAGACAUGUCAGGUUCCGGGAAAGGGGUUUGUACCGCAUUGGCUAUCUCAAAUGCCAUUACCAAUCUCUGUGCUACCAUUUUUGGGCAACUAUGGAGAUUAGAACCCCUGCCAAAGGAGAAAAAGUCAAUGUGGAGAAGAGAGAUUGAGUGGCUUCUCUGUGUGAGUGACCACAUAGUUGAAUUGAUCCCCUCUUUUCAAACAUUCCCAGAUGGAAGCAAGCUGGAGGUUAUGACCUCUAGGUCUAGAUCUGAUAUCUUCAUCAACCUUCCAGCUCUCAGAAAAUUGGACAAUAUGCUGCUUGAAAUUCUUGAGAGUUUUGUCGAUACCGAGUUUUGGUAUGUUGAUCAAGGCAUUGUUGCUUCGGAUGGCGAUGGAUCAUCCUCUUUUCGGAAAAUAGUUCAGAGGCAACAGGAGAAGUGGUGGCUUCCCGUACCCCGAGUACCCGCGGGUGGUCUCGGCGAAGAUUCGAGAAAGCAAUUGCAUCAUACUAGAGAUUGCACAAACCAAAUAUUGAAAGCUGUGGUGGCAAUCAACAACAUUGCUUUGGCUGAUAUGGAGGUUCCUGAAUCAUACUUGGAGACUCUUCCUAAGAAUGGGAGAGCCUGUUUGGGGGAUGUUAUUUACCGGUACAUUACUUCGGAGCAUUUCUCGUCUGAGUACUUGCUUGACUGCCUCGAUUUAUCCUCCGAACAUGUCGCUCUUGACGUUGCCAACCGGGUCGAGGCUGCCAUCUAUGUCUGGCGCCGUCGAGCUCAUUCGAAACCGCAAAUCAAUCCAACUCGUUCCACUGCAAGAUCAUCUUGGGAGAUGGUGAAGGACCUGAUGAUUGAUGGGGACAAGAGAGAGUUUCUAGCAGAAAGAGCUGAAGGCCUCUUGCAUUCUUUGAAGCAGCGGUUUCCCAGUCUAACACAAACUACUUUAGACACCAGCAAGAUCCAAUUCAACAAGGAUGUUGGGAAGUCCAUUCUUGAAAGCUACUCAAGGGUUCUGGAGAGUCUUGCAUUUAACAUCAUUGCUCGAAUCGAUGAUUUGCUUUACGUCGAUGACUUAACUAAGCAUUCGGAUAGGUUGACAUCGGUCGGGACAGUUAAUGUAGUCGGUCACAAGAAGGCCGCAUACUCGGUGCAUCUCUCGAGCACUCCAUAUAAACUCACUGCCACAACUCCAAGUUUUUCACCAGCACCAUUGGUUAGUCCUGCCAAGAGUGAGAGAAUGCCAUUUCUCAACAACAGAAAUGUCGGCAAGCCUAUCCGGCGUGGCUUCGGAGUGAAAAGAGCCUUGACAAAUUAUCUCGGCGUCGAGACAAAAGCGAAAACUUGCUUGAAUUCAAUUGAAGGGCCUGCUUCAAUUCAGAAUAUUGUUGUCAAUGAAAGUUCAGAACGGAGAAAGAGCUCAUCUGCAGAUCAAAGUGUGGUAAGUUGCAGCAAAUUGCUCUCUGACAAGAUCAAAUAGCAUCCCCCCGUGAAGAAAAAGAGCAAGAACAUAGUAUACAAAUUAGAGUAGAAGGAAAAUUUGUUAGAAAAACUCUUUCUGUAAGAAAUUAUUUCCAUUAUUUGAUGCUUGAGUUCUGCUUUCUUAUAACCUAAAGCUGUUACUGCAACCUAUAUCGAAACCAGGCAUGUUGACUUUACAUACAUGUAUUUGGUUCUAAUGUAACUAAAAGCAGAUGGAACAUGUAUUUUUAGAAUUGUUUGUUUGUUCUAAAUUGUUCUUGUG